GUAUUUAUGAAGCAGCCCUGGAUGGACGUUGGACAUAUUUCUACACUGAGACAGAAAGUGAUCACAGCUGCACAGUCUCAUUGUUUUAAACAGGAUUUAAAGGAAUUUUCAAAGGAUAAAAUAUCAGAUCUGCUGGAGGAGAGAUGAAGCUUCUGACAUCCGCCCUCCUCAUCAUUGUUCUUACAACCACCUCAGCAAGGCCGAUCUACUCUGACGCCGACAUCGCUGACAGAGACCUGAAGCAGGGACGGCUGGACGGGACCAGACGGUGGCUCUGGCGCUCGUCUGAAUCUUCUGCCCGAGAUUCCUCAGAUUCCUCAGAUUCCUCCGAUUCCUCCGAUUCCUCCGAGUCCUCGGAAUCGAGCGCGUCUUCAGAGAGUGACUCUUCUGAGGAGUCGUCAGAGGAAGUUCUUGUCACCGAUCCGACCAUCGCACCUAUGACGAGUACUGCUGCCAUGACGACCAUGACGGAAGGGGAAGAGCUCAUCACCAAACCAGGCAUCAUUACCACGGAUGACCCGACUGCGACGGAUGACCCGACUGCGACGGACGCCACGCCUGUUGCCACGUCAACCGAUGCGAGGCUCUGUUUUACAGACGUGAUUCCAACGUUUGCUCCCAUCACAGAUAACAGAGGAGACAACUAAGCACCUGACACAACUGUUAAACCACAAGUAAACACAUUAGAGCUUUGUCUGCAAAUGUUAUUCGUCUUUGUGGAUCUGUGUUUGGACUCGUCGUGUUUAUGAACUUGUUGUUUUCUUUAUGCUUAGUUUUUGGAUUUGUGUCUCUUUUGGUUUAUUACUUCCGGUUUUAUUGUUUGUACUUCCUGUCUUUGUCUGCCCCGCCUUGAUCAGUGUAACGUGUGUUUUCUUGUGUCAGUUCUUCUCAUCAUUCUCUUCUGUGACUGUACCUUGUGUUUAUUUAUCAUGUGUUUGAGGUGCACCAAACCUGUCAGUCAAAUUAAAGACGGUUUAUUGGAA